UUUAACCCCCUUCCCCUUCCCUUUCUCCUUGUUUUUUUGGACCCGCGCUUGAUUCGUAAACGACCAUGUGUCAAGAACAAACCACCAAACGUAUGAGUGACAAUAACAACAACAGCAACAACGAAGACGACGACGAUGGAGAAAAUUUCAGUGGUGCAUACCACUGCUGCUGCUGCUGCUGCUGCUGCUGCUGUUGCAGCAAUCGCGUAUCCUGCCACUCGUGCCGUUGCUGCCGCUGCUGCUGCUACUCCACGAGCGAUUGCUACCAUGAGUUGCUCAUCGAUCUCGAGAAUAAUCGCCAACGCCUUCAGCUGAUCACUGUGCUGCUACGAGAUGCUGCCGACUGGUUAUCAGAGACGUCGUCGUCACCAGGCCUCGGGGCCAUCGUCGCUGCUGCUAGUAGCGGAAUCGUCAGCUGCGGAAAAGAGCUUAAUACUAGCCAGGGUCGUCCACAGGCGGCAGGCCGCCCUCGUCAGCCGGCCUUGAUCCAGAUCUGUUGACUGGCGCCGCCCGCGCCACUCCAGAGCGUCGUCGACGACGGCUGAUCGUUCAGCGGUCGAUUGUACAUACUACAUGUAAUAUAAGUAAAGAGGCCGAAGACAGCCAUGCCGACGACAACGACGAGGAGGCCCGCGACGCCAGGCCCGAUCGCUGCCGUACUCGUGCUGCUCGUCUUCUUGACGGCCAACACUUCGAAUCGAGCCUCUUGCAGCUAUUUUCACAGCGGCUCGACGGAGGUGUCGGACAGACUCGCGAACGUGACGCAAACGAUUUCGAGGAUCCUCGACGGCUACGACAUUCGGCUGAGGCCGAAUUUUGGCGGUGAACCUUUGUUCGUCGAAAUGGAUCUGACGAUAGCGAGUUUCGAUGCCAUCUCCGAAGUUAAUAUGGACUACACGAUCACGAUGUACCUCAAUCAAUACUGGACGGACGAGAGGCUGUCGUUUUCGCACGAGAAGGACGUGCUCACCCUGAGUGGUGACUUUGCCGAGAAGAUAUGGGUGCCGGACACCUUUUUCGCCAACGACAAGCACAGUUUUCUUCACGACGUAACGGAACGAAAUAAGCUCGUAAGGCUCGCGGGCGAUGGCUCCGUUACGUAUGGCAUGAGGUUUACCACGACCCUCGCCUGCAUGAUGGAUCUGCAUUACUACCCGCUCGACUCGCAGAAUUGCACCGUCGAGAUCGAAAGCUACGGCUACACGGUCCUCGACGUGGUGAUGGCCUGGAAGGAGACACCGGUACGGGGCGUCAACGAGGCCGAAUUGCCGCAAUUCACGAUAAUCGGCUACGAGACGAACGAUAGGAAGGAGAAGCUCGCCACCGGCAUCUAUCAGAGGCUGUCGCUGAGCUUCAAGCUGCAGCGCAACAUCGGCUACUUUGUCUUCCAGACCUACCUGCCGAGCAUACUCAUCGUCAUGCUGAGCUGGGUCAGCUUCUGGAUCAAUCACGAGGCCACCAGUGCUCGGGUCGCGCUCGGCAUAACGACGGUGCUGACGAUGACGACAAUCUCGACCGGGGUGCGAAGCUCUCUGCCACGAAUAAGCUACGUGAAAGCCAUCGAUAUCUACCUGGUGAUGUGCUUCGUCUUUGUGUUCGCCGCGCUGCUCGAGUACGCGGCUGUUAAUUACACCUACUGGGGCGCCCGCGCCAAAAAGAAGAGCAAGAAAAAAGAGACCGAAGAGAAAAAAACCAUUUGCUCGUCAAAGACUGGAAGCAAGGCCGGCUCGCCGUUCCCCGGCUCGACAGACGCCGACAUAAUCGAGCUGCAGGAUCUGCGCGUGUCGCCGCUGCCAAGCAUCAGGAGUCGCUCGGGCCUGGCGACGUCGAGCAGCGCUGCCGGCACCCCGGGUAGCAGCAGCAUGGCCGGCGGUGGUCUGCCGCCCCGCGACCAGAUCGAGGCCCACAAGUUCCCGCCGAGUUUUCGCAUCUCCAGGCCGCACCACGGCUACCCGACGACGCAUCAUCACCAUCCGCACAUGAAGAGCCCGGCAGGCCUGAGAUACCGCGGCGCCGCGCGACAGCCCAAACCAAAGGUGUUGCACGCGAUACGUCGAGGGGCGUCCGUCUUGAAGGCCUCGAUGCCGAAAAUCAAGGACGUCAACGUGAUCGACAAGUACUCCCGAGUCAUCUUUCCCGUGAGCUUUAUGCUCUUCAACGCCGGCUACUGGAUCUUCUACGUUUGCGAGUGAAACUUUAUUAUUUCACUUACGGAACGAACCAAGUACAAUUAUAAACCAGUGCUCGUCUCAGUGCGACGUACGACCAUUAUUAAAACUUUAUAUGGCAAGUGCGUGUGUGCAUCUCAGAGAAGUAUGUUUAAAAAAUAAUACAAAAAAAAACUUCGUUAUACUUGUUGAACAGAAUAAUUAGACGAACGCGCGACUUGGUGUGUGAUUGUGAUAUCGACGAAAAAAAAAUAAACAACACGACCAAGACUCUCGAAAAGCAAAAAGAAGAAAUCGACGUCAUCGCGGAGCGUACAGCACGUAACUCGUAUUAUCAUAAUCGACGUCGAUACGCGUUGCAAGAAACGAGUGUGUGUAUCUGUGUAUGCGUUUGCGUGAGAAAAAAUUUAUUACGCUGCUGCGGUCAUCCGAAUAUUAUCGGGUGCGCCGUCGCGAGAGAGCCUCGACGUAAGAAAAUUGUAUAAAUUCUGAUGGUGUGUGUGUGUGUGUGUGUGUGUCGUCGAACUCGUCGCGUACAUAAAUCACUUGCUUGAUAAAAAAUUCGGUACACGCACUUAUACGAUAGCGGCAAUAUUUCGUUGUGUUUUUUUUUUGUAGUAUUCGAUUUGAUGUGUAGUUCAUUGGUCCUUCCUACAUUGGGUCUGAGUGCAGUUUCUUUUUAACUUUAGAGGAGUUUGGCGUAUAAGCUAUUCUCAGAGGCCAGUUCAAAGUAACGCUGUCUUUAAUUUAGUAAAUGGUACGAACGCCAACGUUUUCAAUGAUUUAAUGCUCCAUGAAAUUGCUCGUGACAAAUUGCUUCAGAAAUUCCUUGUGGAAAGUGAAAAUAUGUAGUUGCAAUGUAUUUAAGGUGUCAAAAACUUAAAAAAAAAAGCCCUUUUUUAUUUUUCAAGUGAAGCUUACCACUUGUGAUACAUAUAAAUACCUUUAUUCCUUGGAGAAUUGAGGGUUUAUUUAUACCUAAAUAGGAGUUUUUAAAAUUUUAAAUUUUUCACUGAGAUGCAACUCUUUUCUAGCUUUACUCGUGUUAGUUUCGUACUAACUUUUUUCUUUUUUUGUGUCUUCUGGCGCAUUAAGUUUUUCAAAAAUGUUUAAGUGUAUUGUAACGUUCAAAGAAAAUUAACUUAUCUACGGUGUCGAAGAUGUUUACACUUUUUCGUGAAGAAAUUCAAAAAAGAAAUGAGUAAUUGUUUUCAAAACCUUGUUCUUACUUAUAUCAUUACUUUCACGUUGCUUCUUGCAGAUUUACAAAUAACGGUACUCGCCAUCUAGUGGUGGUGACUAGCUUUAAUUGCGAUUGAAUUUUCAUAAUUUUUUGCACAACCAACAUAGCUGAAGAAUUCAUAUAAAAGUACUUUAAAUAAAAUUCAGUUUCGUUUUCUAUAAUUUUCAUGUCUAAUUUAACAUUAAAGCUGCAUUAAGUUAAAGAAUUUUUUCAACACUGUAUCAUUAUGGAAUUAUAUUAUAGAAUUUGAAAAAUUUCAUGAGCAGCGGAACAACGAGUAAAAAUGUAAUAAGAAUCGAGUUUAAGGCAUAUUAUAAGCCCUUAAAGUUUCAUCUAGCAUUCUAUACCGCGUGGGGGCUCGAACCGAGAUAAGAUAAAUUCAACAGUAAACAGAUUACGCAAACGCUUUUAAAGACGUAUUAUUAUUUCAACCAGUUGUAUAAUGUGUGUCAAGAUUAUUGAAAAAUUUCGAGGAUCUAAUACGAGAAGCUGAAAAAAUUAUUACGAGUGAUAAUGAGAAAAAUGCAAAAAAUUCUACUAUCGAAAGAAACAGCACUUUUUUUAUCAUAUCCUGUACAUAUAAGACAAUGCAAAAGCUGCCAAAUGACGAAGAGAGGUUCGCAUCGUGUGCGACACAUUUAUGCAAUGUUAAUAAUUUCAUAAAUGUCACCGAAAAAUACUAUAUCAGUAUAACAAAAACAAAUAGCGAUAAUAAUAAGUACUUUCACUUUUAGAAGGAAAAAAUUAUGGUUUUUUACUUGUAACUAAUUACGAUCAAUUUCAAUGAAAAUGAAAGAAAGUCAAAUUCGAGACCAUUUUUAAUAAUACUCGUCGAGCUAAGAGGUAAUCGAAAAUGAUAAAGCUUCAAGGAGAGUUUGAUAGAAAACAAAAAAAAGUUAUCAAGGUGAAGGAAAAUCGAGUAGAGCCACGCGCGCGUUUCAGCGCACGACGCAACGUGUACGAUGCAAGUAUAUACAGACGCAAAAACUAACGAGGAUGCACACGGUGGACAAUUAAACGAGAUGCUUCCGAAAUGAGACGUCGCAUAACGAAUUAUCGCGUCAAUUCAAAAGAUGCAAUAAACUACAAAGAUAGUGAAUUGCGCGAAAAAACAAUUGGAUCUUCGUUACGAAUGGGUGAAAAAAAAGUAAUAAUAAUAACAAUGAAUAAAAAACAGAAACAAUUUAGAAAAUAGAUAGCAUUAACGAUUAAUAAAUGACGAGGAAGAUACGAUGUAGUGUGUGUGUGUGUGUGUGUGUGUGUGUGUGAGACGAGUGACAAUAUAUGUUCCUAAUCGGGGCCUAGUGACGCAUAUUAUCAUACGUAUAUAUAUAAUAUUAUAUACGAGGCGAAAGAAGGUGGCCCUUACGCAGCCUGAAUGUAUAGAUAUGACACGCGCCACUUAUACGAUAAAUAAAAAGUAAACUGCGCGAUAUUUGCCUCGUGCAUAUACAAUACAAACGACGACAGCAACUGUUCUCCGUUAUAAAUAGACGAAUUAAAAUGCAGCUAUUAAUCCAUAUUUAUAUGUAUGUGCAUUAGAUUAUAUAUGAAUAUGUUUAUAAGUAUAAUAAUGAUAGUGUUAAGAUUAUAAUAUUGUAUAGAUCGACAUCGCACGCGUCCGGUACACGUCGUUGUCCCAAUGCAAUAUGUAAGAUUAUACGUUAUCGGGUCGAUAUCGAAAUACUCAGGGCUAAUGCUCGCGCGACAAUAUCUCGUCCCUGGCGACGCAUGUGUCAAUGACGCUCGAGCGAACAUCGAUUUAUUCGGUACGACGAUGUGUGCGUCGCUGGAUAUCCACGCGUGUCCAGCGCAUCGCACACGUUAUUAUCCCAAAAAAUCUUCCGGUAUUAUACGCGUGUAUGUAAGGUGCAAUUGAAAUUUGUCAAAAAUCGGCAUAGAAACGAGCGGCGGCACGCCCGUCUCGAUUAAAGUUCCCGAUAUCUCCAGCCAACUCCAAGCUAUAAUAUCUGCUUAUUGAUGAGGGUCGCGCGCUUCUCUCUCUCUCUCUCUCUCUCUCUCUUUCUCUCAAGAGCGAGGGAAUUCGCACAAAAAUAUCAUCGAUAUACAAUUGUACAAUUGCGCGCGACGUGUGUAAUACGUUGAAGCUGAUCCAUCAUCGUCGCGGCAUCGGCAGAUGUUCAUUGCACUCUAGUUGAUUGGAAUUUUCGCGAACAAUUACAAUCGUGUGUGUGAAGUAUAUCAUCGCUUAUUGUACAUGCAAUUCGUUGGCCGAACGGUUCGUCGGGAGAGAUUAGAUACACGUAAACAAAGCGAUGCACAAAAAAUUGCAUGAUCAAUCGGUCGAAAGAUGAUAUACACGAUAUACGUAUGUACGCUUUCUGUAUUAUAUGUAGUAACCCGCCCGAGGCGUGUCGGCACUUAACAUCUUCCGAGGAGAUGAAACUAUUUUACUGGCAUUUGAUGAUUUCUUGGCAUUCCGAUUCGCGCGUUUUCUCUCUUUCUCUCUCUGUGUUACGCACAAGCAGCGCAAAAUCUCGCAUUUUGAUUGAUUAUGCCCCGCGCGCUAUCGAGUAUAGUUGCAGAAUUUUCCAAGACGUUUUCCAAGAACAAAUUGUUACGAGAGCCGUCACCACAGUUCGCGUUCGAUAAUCCAAUUUAUUUAUUUAUUUAAGCCCGAUGAGAUUAUCCGAUGCGCGCGCGCGAGUUCAUAUUAUUUCAAAAAGUAAAAGUGAGACCCGUUCAAUAAUAUAUAAUCGGGUAAAGUAUAUCGCUUGAAAUACUUUGGCAAAGUCUUCAGAGAAAUUGCGAUUUCACAGCAAUAUCUAAUGAUAACCUCGUUAGAUAUCGUAGUUAAAGUUUUUUCUCCGCCUUUUUUUUCGUAUAUACGCGCUGUACACUUUCUCAUGCUCUAAUUAUUUGACCAUUUGCCACCAUGCUCGCGUAUCGGUGCACGCGUAACAAGUUUCAAUGUAACGAUAUUAACGUAGAUUUUAUUAUUUAAUGAAAGACGAACUCCUCGAAUCGAAGCUGAGCUUUGUACGAUUCAACUUUUUUACUCGGUUCGUUCUUUCGUUGCGUCGCGAGCUGUAUCGAAAAGAGCAACCUGUUAAAGCGAAAACUCAUGAAUCGUUUACUUCUUUUUCUAGUCACGUUGGUUAUAUUGUAAAAUAAUAAAAAAAAAUGAGAUCGAAUUUAUCGAUAAUAAAUCAAAAAGAUAAUUACCGAGUAGACCAAUCGACGUCCCUCAUUAUAGGAGUUAACAUUUCAAGCCCAUAUUUGCAAUUAUAGAAUGUAAACAGUAAAGAUUUAUGAAUGUUGAAAGUGUGCACUCGAGAGAGUGCACGAAAAUUAUACCCCAUUCGUAUUAACAAAGAAAAAAUAAAUGAGUAAUAUAUUAUUAUAUGCGCGAAUUUAGAGAAAGAGAUUAAAAAAUUACAAUACUUAACCUCUUGACGCCUGUCACGCAUCAUCACGUGCAUGAAUUGAUAACGAAUAAUUGUCAAAAGUACGUACAAAAACUUAAUUAUUGUAUAUCUUCCUAGGUUCAACGAUUAUUGUGUAUCUUUGUAGCGAUCCAUGAUAUAUGCAUAAAAAAAUUGUAUAAGAAUGUCAUGAUUUAUUUUUAUUGUGAUAAUUAAUUGAACUCAUAAACACUGCGACUUGUAUAAUAUAGAGUUUUAAGGUUCUUAUUACAAUUGAAAAACGCAUUGAGAGGUUAAAAAUAAAUACAUGCAAAAAAUUAUGAAAAUUUCCUGUACAUCAUCAUCUUAUUUGACUCGACUAUACAUUAUUUUGCAUGCUCUUUAUAGCCAGCGAAGCGAAGCAUCAAUUCGAUUGUACAAAAGUUGACAUAUUUACGCGCGCGCGCGAGCAGAGAGAGGGUUACUUACUGC